CUCUCCGAAAGUUGUAUGCUUGUUUACAAACCUAAAUCUUUUGGUGUUUGGUAGAAACUCUACGUUCUUCCUAAUUAUUCCCAGAAAACGUUUCUGGGAAACUAUUAGAACAGCUCCACUUACAAAUGGACGACUACAUGCCACCACGUUACCAGUUGUUGGGAAGGAUUGGCGAGGGAGUACAUGGCGUUGUGGUGAAGGCUCGUGAUCUCAGUAACGAUGACAAGAUUGUUGCAGUCAAGAAGCUGACAUUGAGAACAAAGCACGGAUGGAUUGCUCUCAGUGCGAUAAGGGAGAUCAAGGUGUUGCAGAACACCCUUUGUGAAAACAUUCUUUCACUGUUAGAUAUGUAUCCAGAUCUGUCCGGGAUGUCACUCGUAUUUGAAUAUAUGCCACACACAUUAUACAGUAAAAUGAAGGACGAAGAGCACCCUCUUUCUCGGAGCCAAAUACGGCGGUACACGGCUAUGCUGCUGAACGGACUGAAAUAUUUGCACAGUUUGAAAUUCAUGCACCGGGACAUAAAACCAGCAAAUCUGUUGAUUGACAAACUGGAUGUCCUGAAAAUAGCUGAUUUCGGGCUGGCACGAUUAUAUAACGACCAGGAUACCACGAAGGUGUAUUCGCCACAGGUAGCGACCCGGUGGUACCGAGCACCAGAAAUUCUAUGGGGAUGCCAAACGUACGGACCGUCGAUAGAUAUGUGGGCUGUCGGGUGCGUUUUUGCUGAAAUGCUUCGCGGUGUGCCACUGUUUGCCGGUGCAACCGACAUCGAGCAGCUUGCAUUAGUCGUCUGUACGCUUGGCACGCCAAACUUAAAGGACUGGCCCGAAGUGAGAAAUCUGCCUGAUUACAACAAAAUUCGAUUUCCCAAUGCGAAAGGUGAACGGUGGGAGGACAUAUUUCCCAGUUUUACCACUAAGAAUGAGAUCGGGUUGAUGGACAGUCUAGUGACAUACAAUCCAAACAGUAGACUAACUGCGGAGGAGGCAAUGAACCAUGCGUAUUUUACUGAAGGAGAAGAGAACUAGGAUUUGAACAGAAUAACAAGAAAAAAUACUCUUGCCGAAUGUGAUACUGGACGUAUUUUCUGCAGUAAGAGCACAUGUCUCAACUAAGUGGGAAAACACGUUUCUUUUAAUAUAAUGACUUAUUUAGUUAAAAGACUGAUUUAUUCAAUUAAAACAAAUCCUCAAUUGUAUUGACAUAACUUCUUGCUUCUGUUUAAAUUUUGACACAACUAAUCUUGCUUCUUCUGGUGUCUACUGUCGUGAAAUGAGACUAGAGCAAUCUCAUUCACUUGGUGGAUACUGUACUGUGUUCCAUGCAGAAAUCUACGCGAUUCAAUGUGAGGUACAAUCGACAUUUCAGCAGAGAAUCUGUGGUAAGCUUCAAAGGCACUCGAAUGAUUUACGUGGAAUUUAGUGAUCGCAAGUCGAACUCAAAUAAAAUACCUCUGCAUUUCGAAUACUGUUUACUUCUUAUGGGUACUCAGCCAUUCAGGUAUUACUGAAAAUUAAUGGUUAGUCAGUCAUCUCCGUCAAAAUUAAACUAUGCGUUAGUCAGUCCGAGUUUUUGUAGUGGGCGUCCUAAUAAAUUCAUUUAAAGUCAAAUAGUAUCCGCGAGUUGCGCAAAC